AUGAUCGACGACCUCCGCCGCGCUGCCGGGGACAUUGGCAACUCACCUAACAACGACCCCAAAAACCUCUGGAUCCGCCGAACACACAUGGGCCCUGCAGGUGACCCGGUCAAGCAGGAUAAACGGCCAGCCGGCUUCGACACCGAGGACCCACAACCUCAUAUCCGGCGGAAGAGCAACCCCCCUGCCGAUCCCGAGAUCAAACCAGACCCCAGCCAGUCCAUGCCAAUGCCCCCGUCGACCACCGUUGAUGAGGACCAACUCGACCAGGCUCGCUCUCGUGGCCGUAGUCCACCCCAUGUGGCCAACUGUUUAGCGGCCCCCGUAGAUGCCCUCACUCGGCUCGAAGAUUUCCUUACUGAAUCGGCCAUACUCCCCAACGACCGUCACACACGGGAGAUAUUGGCACAACAUCGGAUCACAAGGUGGGAGCACUUUAUCGUGUCCAACGAGCGCGAACUACUAGCCCUCGGCCUUACUGUGGGCGCAGCCCGAGCACUAUGCCAGACUGCUACUGCAAAGUAUGCUGAGUAG